AUGGCCCCCUCUCUAUUUUCCUUCCCGAUCGUCUCGCCAGCCGACGACUUCGCCGCGUCUUGGUCAUUCCGAGCCAUUGAAGAUUCCGCGACUUCUGAUAACACCGAUUCGGGUGCUUUGGCCAGUCGACAUGACUCCGAUGUUAUGGGCACAACUGCACCGACCGGAGGUCGCCAAGGAGUUAUGGCUCCCGCAAUCGAGCAUGCUCCAUGCUUGACCAAGAAGCGAGCGACUGGCCUGAACCAGGCUGCACCGCAAGUCUUCGAGCUCGGUUACGAAGGCCUCCUCAUGCCCAACACCAAGCCUGGUGAAGCGCCCCUCAAGGACCCUACUAUUAUCCUCCCCGAAAACGCUCAAUCACUGCGUAUCUACAUCCCGCUCGACUUCCAUAUCUUCACCUGGCUAACCACCCUCCUGGCUCUCAGGAAUUCCACAUUCCCCUCCCUCACACACAUCCAGGUCUGCUUCCACUCUCUCUUGCGCCCAUUUCUAGCAGACCUGUAUAUUGAACACACUCCGACGAGCCUUCAUCUCAAGGAGAACGGCAAGGAUGUGGUGCCAGACCUGAGCCCAAGCGGUGACAAGCGAGGUCUCGUUGAAGCGGUGCUGAAGAAGUUCGCAGCAUCCUCCAUCUCACUUAGCAUCUCCUUCUACAGGUUGAAGCGCAAGAGCGAUGGAGAUGAGCCGCAGAACUUCCGUACACUAACGCUUAUGAAGGCGAUUCGUGGGCUCGACGAGCAUACUGAGGAGCUGAGCGACAUGCUUGCGGAGGAGAGCGAGGUUUGUGAGUCUAAUCUACAGACUUCUACAGCUUUCGUUAGGUCGUCAAGCCUGGCUAUGCCCGAGGGCGAUGAGCUGUUGUGA